AUGGGCUGCUGUUGCAGCGGAAAGAAGGCCGUUCUCAGGCCUAGUAGCGAUGCAGGGCCAAUGGUGGGCGGCUGCUACUCCCUACGCAAGCGCGUACCUUUGAUGAAGUCUCCCUCGAAGAGCUCCGAGACGCAAGAUACUUUGAAGAAGCAGGCCAAAGUGCUUGUGCUCAACUUGGAGGAAUCCACAGGUUUUUGUUUGGUGCUGCCCGAGCCACCGCAAAAAGCAGGCUGGCUUGCAAAGCCGCUUCCAGUCUCCUUGAGGCGUUUGAAGGGAUCUCGGGAUGUUCCUGGAAGAUACCGAGUUCUACAAGCAACAGCACUGCGUGCGACGUCGUCGGAGGGUAGUCAGGUGCAUGCAAAUCAGGAGGUGGUGCUGUUUGAGCUUGGCCUCUCAAACAACGUAGUGACUGGAAGAGUGAAGACAUGUGACGAAGAAAGUAGCCAGACUGGUUGGUUGAACCUCCAGAUCUCUGGCUCUCCGGUUCUUGACGCAGUAAAUCUUUUGGGCCCAGAAGUGGCAAACCAGCCUCCGUCGAAUGGCUUCAAAACAGCUGCGUGGCAGGUUGGGAGACAAUACCGUGCUUUGGAAACGCAAGCGCUGGCAGAGCAGCCAGCUAGUACGAGCAGUUCCGCCACUUGCUGCAGAUGUGGGGCAGGCAAGAUGGCAUUGCGUGGGUCUUUAGUCCAACUGCAGCAGCUACAAGAUGCUGAUGAAGGUCUUUGGAUGCAGGUAUGUGUGCAAGAUGGUCCGAAUGCUGGACAGAUUGGUUGGAUUCAGAGCAAAACAGACCGGCUCCUUGUGGACUCGAGGGAGCAGUGGGAAGUGGAGAGACAUGCGAAGCCGAAAGAGGCCAUGUCUCCGUCGGGAACGAUCGUGAAGAUGGCUGAUGCAAAGAAGUCUGACGCCCUAGCGGCUUAUGAGAUUCCAGAUCAGACAGAUGAGCCCAUUGAAGAGAUUGACAGACAGGAUGAUGCUGAUGCGAGCAAGCGGCAGCUUUCCUGCGGAUAUUGUGUUUGCCGCUUGGUGCCAGCAGAGAGGGCUUUCGAGUCUGUGGAGGUGAUUGACCCGGUGUCCAGUCGGAGCAAGACCAUGACCUUCUCCUUGGGUGUGGUUCUUGCUUGGGCCAUAGAAUUGGAAGCAGUUUUAGUGGCUGCCAUACAAGUGGUCGAAAUUAGUCAAGUAGUCAGUUUGCGUCGCUUCGAAUGGACACCACCUGCACAAGAGAUAACCAAUGACAAGGUCUUAUUCUGGGAUAUUGAAAUCAAAGCUAAGAUUGAUGUGUGGAGUUGCCUGAACUUGACCUGCAAGAAGCCUAGACUCAUUUCUUGCAAAGCUCGUGAGUUUGAUUUCGCAGAGCAAAAAGGGGCUACGAUUUGGCUGGGGUACAGCCUAGGUUGCUGCGUGGACGCAGAUCGAGCUUUGGUGGAUAAAAGUCAGUCGUCCAGCCAUGCCUCAUCCGCUCCAGUGACGUUGUCAAUGGCCAGCGCGAGUCAGAGAUCCGAAGAUGCCAUGUCUGCAGAGUUUUUCAUGCUGCCGGAAGUCCAUUUGCCGAGUCAGGUUUGUCCGAUCAAAGAGGGAAUAAGUUUCAGCCAAACGUUUGCACCAGUUUUUCCCAUGAGCGACUGGAAUCAGAGAUUGCAACGACUCCAGAAGGAGUUGCCUCCACCAGCACUGGAAUCUCUGGAGCAUCUCACCUUAGAGACCCUGAAGAACGAGAAGGUAUCGUUUGGAAAAGCCCACAAUGGCAGAACCUUCGAGGAGGUAUGGAAUUCAUUUCCGGAGUGGACCCGAUGGUUCCUGAACCAUUACGAGCUGAGCCGCAACAUCGAGCACCGAAAGAUGAUCAAGUUCAUCAAGAUGAAAAUCGAGAGCAUGGAGUCAGGGGAUCCGGCUCAACAAAUGCCGAAUCAGCCUCGUCCAAAGCCAGCGCCCAAGUCGCUGACAGCCAAGUCCAAAGCCAUGCCGAUGCCAAGCCAGGUGUCCACCAUGGAGACCAACAUGCCGUGGAUGGAGGACAAUGUGGUGACUCAAAGGCUGGAUCAGUUCCAGGAACGCAUGUGCAAUCUGGAAAAUGCGCUCCAUCAGAUCCUCGUCCAUUUGACGCCUCAUGUGGCCACCGGUGCACCCGAGACCAUGGCGAUGUCAACAAUUCCAGCGGUCUCCGAGAUCGACGAUCCCUGGAACACCCUCGAGGAGGUAAUCCGCAAAUCCAAACCUUGCCGAGUGAAUAUCACUGUUUUUGCGGCCAAUCCUGUAGCAAAUGCACCCAGAAGUGGAUCCUUGCCCACGAGCGAAGAUCUUGAACCUGAAGUGAGCACUCCAACAGAGCAAUCGAUGCCAUUGGAAAUGACCGAUCCUGCAGUAGAAACACCCGUUCCAGCUACGAUUUGGCUGGGGUACAGCCUAGGUUGCUGCGUGGACGCAGAUCGAGCUUUGGUGGAUAAAAGAAGCUGUGAGGUUGCGUUGCAAGUACCGGUGGAGCUAUCUGACGUGCCAGUUUGCUUCCAGGAGGGUGUGCAAUCACCGGCCUAUUUGACAGAGGAGCAACGCAACAUCACCUCUGAACUCAUUCGUGGUAGUGCCUGUGGGGCAAGGACCAGAGAGCUCGGACAACCCUGUGGGCAAUGCGAUGCUUCUCGCAUGGAGAGGCCAGAGUGCACAAAUACAACAGCGCCUCCUUACAGGUUCCGCAGCGCUGAUUCAAAAACUUAUGUCUUUUUGGUCUGUUCCUUUUGCAAUUUGCUGUCGCAUGGCUUUAAAGAGCUCUUCCUGUGUGAGACACAGACAGACACGGACCUAGAAGCAGAACCUAGAAGCACAACCAAUCCUUGUGACAUGAGAUGGUUCCUGGGUGUUUGCACAGCGCGCCUUUUUGAACUGACCGCCACGAGGUCCAGGCAAACUCUCAACAGGGAAGAAUUAGUUUGA